AAGACACAGUUUCUCGAGCCCGAGCUUCAACCCUUGACUGCCCUGAGAAGCAUGGCAUCUUCCUGCAUCUUCCUGCCCCUGGGCCUCCUUGUCCUGUCUCUGCUGUGUGCUGCUAAUGCUGAUGUCUACGUGUGGGGCCUCCGUGGCUACGGCGUGCAAGGCGAUGCCUUCGGUAAUGCACCUGAUCCCUUCGUCAAGGUAUACUGUGGCAGUACUUUCGGCGGCAUGACAGAGUUCAUAAAAGACAAUGCCAACCCAUCCUGGAGUGCAGACUUCAGCUUCCGCAAUGGGAAGGUUGGAGACACUCUGAAAUUGGAGGUGUGGGAUAAGGACAUGAAUUAUGAUGACCAUCUGGGAAACUGCGUUACAACUGUAAAAGCCGGCAGCUACAAGGUGUCUUGCAACUUUGGUAAAGGCGUUUUAGAAUAUCACUACAGCCUGUGAUUGUUGUCAUCUUGCCACUGAUGGGUUUUUUGUCUGGAGAAGCUGUGGCUUACUAAGUUGUGAAAGGCUAUGGUUUCAUUUCAA